AUGGUCUUCAUGCAGGAAAACAUAAAAGAAAAGAUUGACUCCAUUGACGCAUUAAUGAGACGAUUGGACGAGGACAGAAACAUAUCGGUGGUCGAUAUCCUCAAGGAAGAAAUACUUAAGCUCAGGAAGCUCAACGAGGAGUAUAAGAAGAUGCUGGAGUCCAAAAAGGUCAUGCACAAGGAUCAACUUCAAAACAAGAUUAGAUACUACCUUAAAGACGGAUCGACGUAUGUUGUCAAGAGCAAUCAGUACAGAUACCUGUAUGAUGCAAAAACCAAGACAAUCACCUAUGAGUUUUCGAAUGGGCAGAUUGAAAAGACGUUUCCCUCAGGCCUGAAGGAAAUUAGACAUCCGGAUGGAAGCAUCACAAUAAAAAACGGGCCUAGAGAUCACGAGUACAUUAAAUAG